CCUUCAGGCUGCAUAUGUGGCUCUUGCAAAAAUCCAGCUGCAGGGGGGCUCCCCGGGGACCCCAAGCCUGCCCGCAGGUGCUCACCCCGGAGCGCAUCCCUCCUUUCUGCAUCCCUCCAAGCAUCCAUCUCCAAGAACCUGGUGGGACCAAACCCCAGGGCCUCCGUAGCCUCCCAGCAGCCUGCUCGCUCCCACACUUAGCAGGCCGAGAGGGCUGCCCCUUCCUCCCCGAAAGCCCCCACACCAGACGCCGGGAGUCCCUAUUCCACGCGCCCCAGGCCUCCCCAACUGGAUGCACCGUGAUCACAUCGCGCCUGCACUCCUCCACCCCAGACCUGCGCCUGUGUCGCGCCCCAGAAGAACAUCAAGAGGACCAGGAGGAUCUGGGUUGGUGGCAUCCCAGCCAGGGAACCCCGCUGUUCCACCCCGACGUGCCACCCGCGCCCCUGUGCCCCACGCGCGAGAGCCUCCUGCGCCUGGCACCCCGCGGAGGGCACCUAAGGUUGGCAGCUGAAUACCAGGCGGCGUUGGGGAGGUUGCGACUUCGCUUGGUGAGCGUGGAACACCUGCCCCACUGGCGACCGGGACCCACGAGUGGCGGUGGGGGCUGCUGUGUGGAACUGGGGCUGAGACCCCGCAAGCGGGCACGUCCCGGGAGGCAGAGGAGCAGGGCGGUGAGGCGUAGUGCCAACCCCAUCUUCAACGAGGACUUUGUGUUCGAUGGACUCUACCCACGCGAGUUGGCUGUCCGAAGUCUCCGAGCUCAGGUGCUGGACAGGGGUGCUGGGCUCCUGAGACGGGACGUGGUGCUAGGGGAGUGUGAGACCCCCCUGCUGGCCCUGGUGCCACCCCCCGAGGGAUGCCCGGGGUCUUCUUGGGCAUCCCUGGCAUCCCCUCAUCUCAGCUUGUAG